AUGGAUAUCUUUUCCCACCUGAUCCCUUCUGCAGCGAAGAAUAGUCCAAACAUACCUGGCAUAUCGCCCAUUGUCAGUUCCAAUGCGGCAGGGGGGGCUCAAGAGAACGGUAGAGGCGGACACGCGAACGGUCCGAAUCUCUAUCGCGGUUUGAGCACUAGCACCGGAUAUACUGGUGUGCAGCCCACGCGAAUGGUGUUUGGAGAAAGUCAUAGAGAUUUACCUGCGAAGGGAGCACGUGCGGGUCUGGAUUCGGGUUCUAUGCACAUGCUUGGGAAUGCAAAUCGCAAUAAACUGACGGGGACAAGUGGGAAUGCAUUUGGUGGCUCGAAUCAGGGGAAGCAACUCCUCGGCACGGCGCAAUUGGCCGACACCGACAGGCACAUUUUCCGGGGAGCGCAAAAUGGGGACGGGGUUGCUAUGCGACCUACUAGCGGUCACAGUGACGAAUUCAUAGACCGGCUUGGUAAGAGCGGUAGACAGAGGGAGGGCUCGAUGGCACCUUCGGGUCUAUACACACGCACACAACCAGUGGCGAGUGUGCACAAACCCGGGACUCAUAUAAUUCAUGCAAAGGCACAGAAGAACCCAACACCGCCUGGAGGUUCGGAUGGCGAUGGGGAUGAGGAGGAACUGUCUUGGGUAGCACGUGCACAACACAGGCUGGGUAAAGCGGAUGUGACGAUACUCGCGAAAGGCUGGCUCCAUUCGAUAUACAGCCUGGUGGGAAUCGCCCCGAAAGCACCAGCCGCACGCACACAGAUACACACAACCACGGCACCGAACCCACCCAGGCGAGAACGGGAACGAAGAUCAAUGACGCCCAGUCGCAUCCAGCAGGUAGGGAGGGGAAACACACGCGGUGAAGGUAAUAGGACACCGGCGGUCAGAUUAAAUUGGCUGACAAAUGUAUGGAAUACACCGUUGCUCGAUAUGCUGAUGAAGCUGUGCAUGACUUUAGCUCUGGCGAGUGCUAUAUACAACAACGAGGACGUGAUCAAGAAAACGGGUGAGAUGGCGGCGCAGUUACAUGCCAGUGUCAUUGGCGGAGAACGGGCCGUGUCCCCGGGCGGGCAAGAUACAGUCAGUAGUUCCAAGGGCCACGCCAUCUCACCGGCAGAAGAAACUACAGGUCUGUCACAGCCCUCCGUAGUGCCAACCGUCUCACGAGGUGCAAGUGAAGCUGACGUACAUCAAUGGGUUGCGCAACAUACAGCCAAGCUGUUUGAUGAGUACAAAGAUCAGGUUGCAAGUCCAAGCCUGAAGGCCCUGAGUAAUGAUAUUUCGACCGUCAAAACGGCGGCGCUGGCCAACAAAAAUGCGCUAAAAGCACAGCAAGAUCACUUGGAGUCACUUCAGCAGACUGUCGAACAGGAGAAAUCAAAUGCAACCGUAGCCUUUAAGUCAGAUCUUGAUAGGCAUGCCAAAACUAUUAACGAGUCAAUGUUUGGAUUUCACGCCAAAUUGGAGAGAAUAUCCACGAUUCAGAACCAAUUUGAAGAGUUGAAGAGUUCAAAUGAAAAUAGAAACAAUGAAGAUUUACGCCAUCUCGAAGCACUUGAAGCUCGCAUGGCGAAACUGGAAGCGAGAAACAAGGAGCUACAAGAGUCCUCUGCCAAACUCCAAAAAACAUCGGCUGAGCUACAAGCAACAUCUGCCAAACUAGAGGAAUCCGUCGAUCGGUCCUUAAAUCAGUCGGGCGUCCUCGCUUCAGCGAAAGACCAGGAAGAAAUAGAUACGAAGCUUUCCGGGCUGGCGAACGGUGUGGCGACACUGCAGAAGGAUAUGCGUAUACUACGCGAUGAGAUGGCAGCCGCUAAAACGUCAGAAGCAUCGGUGGAAAAGAUAGUUGGCGAAAUCAUCAAACGACACGACGUUGAGCGGCUUGGCCUGCCAGACUAUGCGCUCGAGAACCUUGGAGGUUCCAUUAUGCGACGCUUGUCAUCACUAUCCUAUGGCAUGAAUAAACUCACCUGGUUCUUCAACAUGCACCAGGGAAAAGACCCGUCUGAAAUCCUGAAGGUCGACGUCACAUCAGGCAAUUGCUGGGCCUUCCAUGGCUCCGAUGGGUAUGUAACGAUUCAACUGUCAGAGCCGAUCAAACCAUCAGCAAUCACAAUCGACCACAUACCCUUUGCACUCAGGCGACACAAUACCGCUCCCAAGGACUUUGUCAUCUCGACCCUUCAAGGUUUGGACGAUGACGUCGGUACGGAGGCAGGGCGCUUCCAGUAUCAGUUUACGGCAGAUGCGGAGCCUGUGCAGACUUUUGAACUAACGGAUACCAAUGCCACCCAAUUAAUCAAGGUCCAUGUUACCAGCAACUGGGGCUAUCCCGAAUACACGACACUCUACCGAGUGAGGGUGCACGGCAGCCCCGCGGAACUACCGGUGAUCACGAACGAGACGCCUACUACUACAGAAUGGCUAUACAGCGCAGUCGGAAGCCUUACACAGCGAUACUUAGGCCAAGGGCAGUAGACCGCGAGAACACGGACCAAUACCGUAGUA